AUGGCCGCCCUUCCAAAGCGUAUCAUAAAGGAAACGGAGAGGCUGUCCAAGGAGCCAGUGCCGGGCAUCUCGGCAGUCCCACACGACGACAACCUGCGCUACUUCGACGUGACUAUCGAUGGCCCCGCCCAGUCACCCUACGAAGGCACGUUGUUGCCUCCUUUCGGGGGCGUGUUCAAACUGGAGCUGUUCCUUCCGGACGACUACCCGAUGACGCCGCCCAAAGUUCGCUUCUUGACCAAGAUCUAUCACCCGAACAUCGACCGCUUGGGCAGGAUCUGCUUGGAUGUGCUCAAGAGCAACUGGUCGCCAGCUCUUCAGAUCCGUACCAUACUCCUGUCCAUCCAGGCUUUGCUGGGCGCUCCGAAUCCGGACGAUCCACUGGCGAACGACGUGGCUCAACAAUGGAAGGAGGACCAGAACCAAGCAAUCGCGACGGCGAAAGAGUGGACCGAGAAGUUCGCAAAGGCAUAG